CGGACACGCAGCGCGGCCCCGCAGCGCGGCUCUGCGGCCAAACCCCGCCAACAAAGACCCCUCCGCCCCCCUCGCCGCCGCCCCCCGCGGGAUGUAGCCGGGCCGGGAGCCCCAGCGAGGCAGCGGCCCCGCCGCUCCGUGCCCCGCAGCGAGGCCGGGAGGCGGCGGGCUCAGAGGCGCUGCCGCCACCAUGGGCAAAUCCAACAGCAAGUUGAAGCCUGAAGUUGUGGAAGAGCUGACCAGGAAAACGUACUUCACGGAGAAGGAGGUGCAGCAGUGGUACAAGGGCUUUAUCAAGGACUGUCCCAGCGGGCAGCUCGAUGCCGCCGGCUUCCAGAAGAUCUAUAAGCAGUUCUUCCCCUUCGGUGACCCAACCAAAUUUGCCACCUUUGUUUUCAAUGUCUUCGAUGAGAACAAAGACGGGAGGAUCGAGUUUUCAGAGUUCAUCCAGGCACUGUCGGUCACCUCCCGGGGAACGCUGGACGAGAAGCUGAGGUGGGCGUUUAAGCUGUACGACUUGGACAACGACGGAUACAUCACGAGGAACGAGAUGCUGGACAUUGUGGAUGCAAUUUAUCAGAUGGUGGGAAACACAGUGGAGCUUCCCGAGGAGGAGAACACACCAGAGAAGAGGGUGGAUCGGAUUUUUGCCAUGAUGGACAAGAACGCUGACGGGAAGCUGACGCUGCAGGAAUUUCAGGAGGGCUCCAAGGCCGACCCCUCCAUCGUGCAGGCGCUCUCCCUCUACGAUGGGCUCGUAUAGUCCCGGGGCCGAGCGGCGAUGCCUGGGGGAAGAUGCUCUCCGUGCCAUCCGACCACCGCCGCGCGAAGCUUGCCUGUCCCUCCCGGCCUUCCUUUCUGUUCCACGAGCAAGGGAUGCCCUCGAAGCGCGAGCUCACUGUCCCUCUCUGCACUCUGAACCAGCCGCUGCCAUUCGCCAACUUCUGCUUUUUCCAAAAAAA